GAUGAUUUUGAGUAAUGAUUUUUAGGUUACCUCACGUAUACUUGGCGUGAAUCUGGCUUGAGCUGCGCAUCUAGGAUCUCGACAAAAUGGCAAGGAGAAAUCCCAGCGACGAUUACAGAAAAGGGUCAAGUGUCUACAGAACCGAGGACAGGAGAGAGGAUGAUCGAGGUAGGGACCGCUCACCGCUCAGAAGCGAGGAGCGAAGCGAUACAAAUGAUUGCGAUCCAUCGGAUGGCAAGAAACACAAAUUGGCGUUUGGCUUUGGAAAAAAGACUGGCAAUGAGCAGAAAAAAGGAAUACAGAUUAAAUUAGGUUCUGUUUCCAAGUCAACCACAAAAACAGCAACAGUACAAAAACCAACAGUAGCCUCGGUGUUUAAUGCAGACGAGGAGGAAGAACCAGAGGAGAUGCCGGCAGAAGCAAGGAUGAGAAUGCGAAACAUUGGUCGCGAAACACCGACAUCAGCCGGACCGAAUUCAUUUGGCAAGACAAAACAGGGAUUCUGCGACUCAAAAAAGAUAUUCGAAAAAACAUUGAAGAAAGCAAUGGAGGAAGCAAACAAAUGAUUUUGCGUAUUUAUAUAUAAAUUUGCGAGCGUAUAUCGGAGAAUUAUAAUACUUGUACAUUAAUUUCAUUAGAAAUUUGGUUUUGACAAGUUGAUUAAAUGGCAAGUAUUUUUAUGAAAUGUAAUACAUUGGCAAAAUUCAGAUUUAAAUAGAUUCGCUUUAAGAAUGAGGAUAUUACCUCAUUUACCUGAUAUAUGUAUGAUCGUGUAUAAUAAAUCCAUAUCUAAAGUA